AUGGCUGCUCUCAAUCUCUCGCCUCUCAUCGCCUCCUCGCACUCCUCCCCGAUCAGGGUCACUCUUGUUGCUCUGACUCUCCACGCAAGAGGAACUUAUUCAUUGAAAUCUCCUGCAUUUGGUGGUUUUCGACAUCAUCUCUAUCAUCAGAGCAGCUCCUUAGUUGAGGAGGAGCUUGACCCGUUUUCGCUUGUUGCGGAUGAGUUGUCACUUCUUAGUAAUAAGCUGAGAGCAAUGGUAGUUGCCGAGGUUCCAAAGCUUGCCUCUGCAGCUGAGUACUUCUUCAAAAGGGGUGUGGAAGGAAAACAGUUUCGUCCAACGAUUUUGCUGUUGAUGGCGACAGCUCUGAAUGCACGCGUACCAGAAGCAUUGGCUGCUGAAUCAGCAAAUAUAGUCCCAUCAGAGUUACGUGUAAGGCAACGGGGCAUUGCUGAAAUCACUGAAAUGAUACAUGUUGCAAGCCUCCUGCAUGAUGAUGUCUUGGAUGAUGCUGAUACAAGGCGUGGUGUUGGUUCCUUAAACUUUGUAAUGGGUAACAAGAUAUCGGUAUUAGCAGGAGACUUCUUGCUCUCCCGGGCUUGUGUGGCUUUGGCUUCUCUAAAGAACACAGAGGUUGUAUCAUUACUUGCAACUGUUGUAGAACAUCUUGUUACCGGUGAAACCAUGCAAAUGACUAGUACAACUGAGCAGCGGCAUAGUAUGGACUACUACAUGCAGAAGACAUAUUAUAAGACGGCAUCGUUAAUCUCAAAUAGCUGCAAAGCGAUUGCCUUACUUGCUGGACAAACAGCAGAAGUUGCUAUGUUAGCUUUUGAAUACGGGAAGAAUCUGGGUUUAGCAUUCCAGUUAAUAGACGACGUUCUUGAUUUCACAGGCACAUCUGCCUCUCUGGGAAAGGGAUCCUUAUCGGAUAUCCGCCAUGGAAUCAUAACGGCUCCAAUCCUCUUUGCCAUGGAGGAGUUUCCUCAACUACGCAAAGUUGUUGAUCAACUUGACAAUGAUCCAACCAAUGUUGACAUUGCCUUAGAGUAUCUUGGGAAGAGCAAUGGAAUACAAAGGACAAGAGAGUUAGCUAUAGAACAUGCGAAUCUUGCAGCAGCAGCAAUUGGGUCUCUACCUGAAACAGACGACGAAGAUGUCAAAAGAUCGAGGCGGGCGCUCAUCGACUUGACCCAUAGAGUCAUCACCAGAAACAAGUGA